AUGGCCCUCUGGCCCUUUCGCCGGAGGAGCGGUCGCAAACGCUCGCGAAGCGGCGCAAACCUGUCCGACGUGGAGGCGCCUCUUCCACGAGACAAUCUCACCACCGGCAGCGAAUAUGCUUAUGUCCAGCAACAAGACAGGGCGGCAAAGCCGAAGAAGAAACAGCGACUCGAGCAAGAGCAGCAGCAGCAGCACCCCUCCUCCAAGAAGCUGACCCGACGGACCCGUACCUACAGCUUCUCCCCCGGUCGCAACGACUCCAUCCGCGUCGCGGGGCAAAAAGGCUCGGGUCCACCGGUACCUGGGCGGCUGACAGGGCCCUUCCCAGCCGACCGAAAUGACGGAGAAGAAAAAGGGGAUCCCGCGUGGCAGCGGGCGCCAACCCUACAUAAUGCACGCCACGGCCAACCCAAGAAGGGCUCUUCCUCCCGCAGGAAGUCCAGCAAGCGGAGGAGAGAAGACACGGAUCGCGAGGCCGAGAUCAAGGCCAUGACCAACUUCGCGCCGGUACGGCCAGCGGCCGACGACUGGACAUCCGGUCGGCCGAUGAGGAAACAAAGCAAGAGAGUCAAGACGACGGGGGGCCUCGGCUUCCGCAGCAGGAGCAGAAGCCCUCUCGAGAACAGGGCCUCCGACGUCUCAUUGCCGAUAUCGAUUCACUCCAGCAUGUCGUCCGACUCCGAGAUGCACUCGUUCCGGGUGUCGGCCCUCGAAAUGCUGGCACCCCGACCGACAUUACGACACACCGUAUACCCACGAUGGGGCCCUGGGCAAAGCAGCUCAGGGCAUUCACGCCACCAACAACAGCAACACCAACAACAGAAGAGAAAGGUUUCCGAGAGAGUGCCCGAGUCAGUGGUGAGGGCACACAAGAGAGUGAACAGUUUCGCCGACGACCUCGACGCCGCCGACCUGCGAGAACUGAUGGAAAGAGACACGAGGAGGAGGGAACGAAGGCGUCAACGAGACCAGGAAAGAGUCGAGAGGAGGUUAGCAAGGAGGGCGGAGAAGCAGCGCGAGGCCGAAGCUGAGGCACGGCACAGCGGCUCUCCCCCACCCGUGAACAUGGAGAGAGGUGUUUUGGGCCGGGAGAUGGUGGGCUUGGGCAUCGGGGAGGACACAGCGACCUCUGCUGUGGUGACGUCCUCCAAGCACAGGCGACGGGCAUCCAGCUCAUCAUAUCGACCGGCCAGGCAUUCAACAGAAGAAGAACAGGCGCUACCCCAACCGGAACCGAUGGACAUCGACCAUGACCUCCACCGACCGUCGAGCAUCCAGCCCGAUGUUCCCUUGUCGGCGCCGUCCCCCGAGCCGCAGCAGCCCGUUCCCGAACGCAAGCCUAGCACGAAGCUGGCGCCCAUGGGAAGCAUCAGACUGAGACGCAGCCUGCUUCGUUCGAAGAAGUCAAAGUCAAGGUCAAGGUCGCCGGAAGAAGAGCACGCCGUGUCGCCGCUGUCGUCAAGACAAGACGAGACCAUCCCCCGCAAGGCGUCCGAGUCAAUCCUCCGGGCCCGUCUGUCACUCUCAGCCCUUUUCCGCUGGGGUAAGAGAAAGAGAAGAAACUCUGGACCGUCAUCGUUCUCCAACACGUCGCGUGAGGAGAUGCAAGCCGCCGCGGCCCAGGCCCAAGCCCAGCUUCAGUCGCAGACUCAGACACAAACGCCACCGACAGAGGAGCCGCAAGCGCCAAUGCAAGUGGUGCCGCCACCGAUCAACUACAUUCCUCGCAAGGUCAGCUCCGGCGUUCCCAAGCGCACCCGCUCGCGCUUCAGGGAAGACCUGCCCGAGCUCCCCCUCAGCCCUCCGGACUCGCGCGUGGGGUCGCCGGAAGUGGACGAGCCUCCUCUGCCCAUUGUCUCGGAGGCCAGGACCGCAGAAAACACUCUUGACGACGAUGAAUCCCCCGCCGUCGUCAGGCACGACACUCCCACAUCUGAUCUUCGCCGCGUCGACGAAAAGAUGGAGAAGCUCGAGAAGAUGAGGCAGACACCGACCUCGCUGCGACACAGCAUCCAGCCCUCGCCCGAGCAGCCGCAGUCCGUCUCCCUGGCGUCCAUUGACUCCGAGGCCUCGUGGCUCUCCGGCCGCAUCGGAAACCGCAGGGCGUCAGGCAUGCGCGCCGCCAGCAUCCAGCGCUUCCAGCCCCAGAACCGCAGCCACUCGCCCUCGGCCAACGACACCGAGGAGGAGCUCGCCGAUGACGAGUACCUCUCCAACCUCGCCACGCCGUCCCGCGAGAUGCUCGGCGCCGACGACGACGAGCGCACGCCGCGCAAGUCCACCGGCGACGCGUUCCCCAGCAGCGACGAGGAGGAGGUGACGAUGAUGGACGAGGCGGACAUGAAGUGGGGGUCUGUCGAGAGGCAGCGGGCGACGGCGGUCGUGCCGUAUCAGCACCAACGGAUCAAGAGCCGCGAGGGCCUGCUCAAGACGUUUGAGGAUGUCGACAGCCCCGUCACGUCGGCCGAGAACUCCGAGGGCGAGACGCCCCAGCUCCAACGCGCCACGAGCGUGAGCCUCAGCAGGGGCCUCGCCAGGCAUGUGAGCUCGGGGAGCGCAAAGAUGCUCGAGGUCUCGCCCCGCGCGAGCGUUGACCAGAGGAGGACCAGUGAUGCCGUUUACUAA